AUGAGAACCUCGUUCUCGUCCAUUCUUUUCGGCCUUUGGCUUCUUUGCCUUGGCACGGUCGCUUCAGCUCACGAGUCAUGCGGUUGCACCGUCAUCGUUGUUGAAAUGCCUGAGCAGCCAACCAAGACCGUCGCUGCUCAGGCCCAAACCGUCACCGCCGCUCGCACCAAGAUCGAGACUUCCGUGCGCACCAAACCGACAGUUGCCCGACCUAAAACAGCCGAUACGACAAUUCGUGCUACUUCUACCGCUCACCACAACACCACGGCCACUUUCCUUCCUCGCACUCCAGCAAAAGUCGACUUGAAGAACCCCGAGAAUGCGGUACCCAAAAAGAAAAUCGCAAUGUCCUAUGGCGAUGUUGAAAAGCCCAAGAACCAGACCUUUUCAACCUUUAAGAAUGAGACCGCUGCUCUAAAGGGAGCCAUCGACAUGGAUCUUGUCAUGAGCCAUCCAGCUGUUGUUCUGGACUACAUCGAUGCUAUUGUCUCCGUGGAAUGUUCAGCUGGUUCCGUCAAGGUUCAGUUUGGCAAAUCUGCUGCUUACGAGAAGGCCGCCGAAAGUUGGCUUGACGACGAGGCUUUCAUUCUCAUCACGAACAAUAUGGGCAACUGCAAAACCGAGAUCGGCCAGGCUUUCUAUCUUGUCAAUGGUGUCACAGCGGAUAGAGACUUGAAGUCCAUCACUUGCCACGCUACAGAGCAACAGCUCGCCGACAUUGCAGAAACCUGCGAAAUGUCUUUCACUUCCAUCCCUGCUACCAAAUUGACGAAGCGCCUUACACUGAACCCCAGCCUUUCCCUCGACUUCGGCACUGGCCUUGAGAGAGAUACAGUUCUUUUCAAAGAGGAUCCAUGGGUGACCAUCAAAGCUGAAAAGGCCGAGUUCUCAUCCACAGUCUCUUUCUCUGGUCGUGCCAAGUACAACUUUGGGCUAUUCAAGAUGGAAGAUCUCUAUUUCGAUCUCGACACUCAUUUCUCCGCGGAUGUCGGGUUGUCCGCCGAAGUAGUAGCAGCCUGGUCCAGGUCUAUCCUCUACGACCCUGAUACUCUCACAUAUACGCUUGUCGAAGUUCCUGGUAUUCUGUCUCUUGGACCCGGCGUGGCCUUUGCUGUUGGAGUCGACAUCGAUACCUCGGCUGCUGUGGCUGUCAGAGCCGGCGCAGGUAUCGCUAUUCCAGCAGGAAACGUCCACCUUGAUUUCCUCGACUCGAAAAAGAACGCUGCUACAGGCUGGGAGCCCCAGUACACGUCCUACGCCAACAUCAGCGAGAGCGUUGAGGUUGGUUUGAACGCCAGUGCAUCAGUGACAGUUCAACUCACCUUCAAGCUCCUGGGCGGUUUGGUUGAUCUUAGCAGUGGGCUCACAGCCACUCCUGAGUUCGUUAAUAAAUUCACUUUGGACGCUGAGCAAUCAGCCCAUGCUUCGUCGCAGGGUUCCGGGGUCAAUCUUCUGAACGGAGACUUGUCAGCAGUUCCUGCUCCUGCUUCUACACUUGGUGCAGCAGUCAGUGUUGUCAACCCAACCAAGCAACAUGAAUGCGGCGUUUCUUUCAAGUCUGACUUCAUCUUUGAUUUGGAUGGUUUCGCGACGAAGUGGUGGAAGGCUAACUUGUACCACGUUGAGGUGCCCAUCACAGACAUUUGCUACGAUUUUGAGAAAGGAAAUCUGACAGCAAAGACUCCUUUUAACUAG